GAUGGGCUUCAUGGUGUGGAUGACAGAAUGGCUUACGAGGAUGCGCAACGCAGCGAGGUGGCGCCCAUGCCAUUCGGAGGAGUGCAAGACUGGAGACUGCCCGAAGUGCCCAAUGUCUGGACGGACAUUGACCAUCAUUGUAGAUAUACGAGAGUGGUUCGUGGUUCAGGCGAUCGCAGACAUGGGGCAGUUGACCGAGAACACUUCCGGAGGCGAUCAGGACUUUCUACGGCAAUUGCAAGGGUCUGUUCGCUGGGCGCGCGGUCUCAUCCUGGACGUCACCAAGUUUGCAGACUGCGUGCCGUACUUAUUCAGCAGGAUUGGCGAGAGCGGCAUCAAGGGCGAGUGCGUGCGACAGUGCAAUCUUCAAGGCCAUGACCAGCAUAAUAGGGUGACUCAAUUGUCCAUGGAUCCAGCUGGCCUUCUUAGGAUAGCUUUGGACGAAGUCGGGGAUGGCAGCGUCAUCGAGGAUGCGUACCUCAAGUCGGAGGUUGGUUCCAUUGCCAACAUCAGCCUCGACGACAACAUUAAUGAGGGCCCCCACUCCCCCGUGGAGCACCAUAUGAGCAGAGCUCGUGGAGGGACCUGGGCGUGGACUGCCUCGAGCGUGCGACUCGACCAGAACCUCGCAGAUAUUGCGAAUUCUCCUGCGUCAGAAUCGGACAAGCAAGAACUGUGGAACACGUGCUCUUCUAUAUUGCAGGUCUCGGUCAAGAAGUUUGGGCGGCCAUUGAGAUGCAAUAAAGAUGUCUUCGUCGAUCGGCUCUACUUUCUGCGAAGCGGGUUCGGCGACUUCGAUGGCGAGUGCGACGCCGACGAUGAGGGUGGCGACGCCAGCCCCGCCGUCGACGACGUCGACGGCGACGGAGGCGGCCCGCCAGACAGGGCGCGCAAGCGCCGACGCUCAGCGCUGGCAGCCAGCGGCCACGCCGGCAAGAUGGAGGCGAACUUGUUCAAGGAACAGGAGAUGGUUGUCAUGCAGGUGCUCAGCGCGAACGUGGAUCUCAUGGCAGUUCCGACGGUCGAGUCCGACAAGUUGCAGGACUUUGGCCUGCGGGCGGGCGUGCAGGAGCUCGAGGUCUGGAGGUCGCGGGCUGUCAACCGCGACGCCGAGAGCUUGGGCGCGUUCGUGGGCCCACCUCCUGGCCGCGUCGAUUUGCUCGCCAUGCUAGGGGCAGCUCCAGAAGCUAAGCAAGCGAUGUCUUCUUGGAGAUCUGGCCUUUCGGACGUGGACGGGUGCGCGCUUCUGUUCGAUCGUCGGCCCGUGGCCCCGCAGAUGGCGCUCAUGGACGUUUCGUGCCCCGUGCCGCGCUUGGCGGAGGGCGCCCAGCGCCUCGCGGGGGAGGGGCCAUCAGAGUAUGACAGUAUCAAGCUCCCGUCGCAACGCAACUACUUGAAGCUCGUCCGUGCCCAGGCGACGCUCUUCGAAGGCGGCUGCAUGCAGUUCAAAUCCAACGGCCCCCAGUCCUAUUACGCAGCCUGGCUGAAAGACCCCUUGACAGAGCCUGGGUUGGCAGCCAGGAUGCACGAUGAGAAGUUGAGGCAGUUGACUGAUGCAGAUGGCCCUGCAGAGCUCGACCAGAUCGUGCCAGCGCCAGCGCCGAGACGGCUGGGGGCGCCAACUGGUCCAGACAUCGACGGAGGCGACUUGGGCGCACUGCCGCCGCCGCCGCCAGCCGUCAAGAACGAGAAGGGCGAUGCAGCUGACGGCGCAGAUGCCGCUGACCAGUGCCCAGAUCAGAUCGACGGCAUGCUGUUACAGAGGGGGUCCCACCUUUGUCGCGGGGACAGCGGGCUGCGGGUUACGUGCCCCGACCCAGCGCACCCCGCGUGCAACUGCCACCGCAUCGCCAAGUUGUGGACAGAGGAGUUCGGGGUACAGGCGCCAGUUAUGCCUUUGAAAACGUGGAUGGCCAAGGCGUUCGCGAUGGACCAGGCGAGGCAUGAGCGUUGGAGGCCUGGCAAGAACGACAUCAGACUAUUCUGCCUCGCCGAGGCGGGUCACGGUGCACUUUGA